CAUGGAACAUGAGCGAUAGUCAAUUAGUCAUGUGGUGUCUUCCCGAUCAAACUUGGGUGCUUAACCUCAACUGUUUUUGUUUUGGUUCUCAUAACUUGGUCGGGUCAGGUCCUAGCUUGCUUUUGUCAUUUGAUGUUACAUACUUCAAGUGGCACUCUCUAUGCAAUCAAUGUACAUUCAACGUUUUCCCUACUUUUCUCUUUUUUGUUCUUUUGUUACUCUAUUUGAUCAAUCAACUAUUUUCAACGAUAUGGAUGGACAACGUCGUUACGGUUUGUAGGAUAAAAAUCGAUACAAUAUCAAUAUAUCGUUAUGAGAUAUUGAAAUUUUGAAUAUUAUAUCGUGUCCUAAAACCAUCUAGUCCUAAUAUGCAAAUAAAUUUGGCAUUCUAUUUCCAAAAUAUUUCGGUACAGUAUCGGCAGUCUAUUUCCAUUAGCUGGUCGGUGGGACACAACAAUGGACCCUAAGACUAACUCCAACCCUAGAGCUAAAAAACCAUUUACCCAUUUUUAGCUAUUUUUUGGCGCUCCAACCCACACAAUUUUGGAGAGCUAAAAAUGGAUAUUAGUGAAUUAGGAGCCAAAUUUAACUUUCAAUUGGCGGAAAAGUGAAAAAACGAAACUUUUUUUGUAUCGAAAUUAAAAAAAAAUUACAUCGCAAAUUUUAUUUUCAAAAGUAAUAACCAACUAUAAAAAAAAAUUAAAGUGAAAUAUAAAAAUUAAAGGUAAAAUAAGUAUGGUUUAUUGAAAUCAAUUGAAAAAAGGGAGGUGGAAAGCUAAAUUUAGCUUUUUGUCGGGUUGGAGUGAAAAUGAGGUUUGGGGAGCUAAAAAACCAUAUUUGGCUAUUUGAAGAGCCAAAUUUGGCGUUAUGGGUUGAAGUUAGUCUAAGGGACUAAUGGACCUUCAAAAUGCGACCCCAGGUCAGACGGGAACACCCGCUGAGUUUAAGCAUAUCAAUAAGCGGAGGAAAAGAAAUCGAAGCUUUUUUAUAUGGUUUAGGCUGGUAGGGCUUCAUUCAUGAUUGAAAAUCUUGGCGAUGGAAGUUGACGAUGAGAAAAGCCUAAUAAGAGCUAAUUAAAAAUCCACAUUAGAUGGACUCGAUCAAAGUUCUCAUUGAUCGGAUUCAUUCAUAGAUUUUGAGAGUUUGAAAGACUAGGCAAAUAGUCUUGAACUAUUCUUGAGCUAAGGCGGCGACAAUGAGAAUGGAGGAAGGAAAUGAUGACAUCUCGUGCCCCAGCUAGGUAAUUUUUAAUUCGAUAGAUUAGAGGUCAAGAGAUUAUUGAUGAGAGUAUAUGCUUUUGGUGUUUUGAAAAUAGCAUGAGUUUAAGUGAGAGAUGUGAGUGAUCGAGGAACCAAACUUGGAUUGACCGGAGAAUUGUGAGUUGUCAAAGUUUGAAGGAAUCAUGUAUCACAAUCCUAAUUGUAAAAAUGAUGCAUAAUUCAUAUAUUUGUGAAUUUUCUAAUACAGAGCCCAAUUUUUUUUUAAAUAUACGCACUUUCUAAUGAGACAAAUGAUGGACAUCUCCAAUUAUUAGCAAACAAUGGAUUGGAACGAACAUAUGUUGCCUUCACUAGAUGUGCACUGAUUUGGGCGCCUCUUUUUUUUUUUUUUUUUUUUCGAGUUAGAGUCAAUAUAAUUUAUGGUUUUAAAGUUUGUAUAGUCUUAUCGUAUUAUAUAUCUAAACCGUAAUAGAUAUGUGAUGACAAAAGACUAUCAAAACUUGUAAAUAUUGCAGGUUACCUAUCAAAAAAAACUUGUAAAUAUUGACGUUGUCAAAGAUCCUGAUACGACUAUGUCAAUUGUGAUAUUCUGCAAGUAGAAACGAGGUGAUCCAACGACCCUUACGACCUUACCUCCAUUAAUUCUGCUUACGAACCCACUGUCAGAUGCAUCGAGACAUUUCCCAGCUCAGCCACUGCUCAUAGAUUCAUAGUCAUACCAUUUCAUUCCUCUGGUUUUUCUCCUCUCAUUCCUAUCCUCGGACGCAAUAAAAUCCAAUACGUCAUCGUUCCAAGGAAUCGGUUCCUUCCUUAAUUACUGAAUAAACAAGAUAUUUAGCUGAUGUGGGAAGCUUAAUUAUGCACUAAUCAAUGGCCUAAUAUAUGCUUUGUCUUGACCAGUUACGUCAGCUUCAGUCCCCAUCCGGCCACUAGCCUCUCUCCACGUCCUCCCUUCCACCGGCUACCGGCAAGCCCCACCCGGUGGAACGGUGAGUCACUCCGGCUCACUCCGGCUUCGACACGUGUAAUGACGGCGCUAGAUUACACCGCCGUUUCAGCUUACUCUCCCCUGGGCUAAUUCUUUACUAACGGUCUCGCUAUCUCUUACGGCGUCACCGUUCACUAUUAUUGCCGUUUAGUUUAACGAUAAAACCUCCAAUGACGCCAUCCGUCCACCGUCCCAGGCCGUCAGUGUCAAACUUCAGCCGUUCAGCGGCAACGAUAAUGUUCCCCCCCCCCCCCCCCCCCCCCCCCCCCCCCCCCCCCCCCUCUCACACGUGCGAAUUAUUUUAUUUUUACAACCACAUAAUUUGCAGAACCCAAUCCGUAAAUGAGCUCGUCCUAGGGCCCACGCCCAUUUUUGACGGGCCUUAACGGUGGGCCACUCAAUCGAAAUGGGCCCACUACCGGCUGUACCCGGUAAACCGAGGUCUCGAGCGCCCGCUUUCCUGCCUUCUUCGAUUCUCCUCCACUCCAUUAUAAAGCCGGCACAAAUCCGCUACCCCGAAUCAAAAUUUGCUUCAAUCUUCCUCAAUCCGAUUCCUUACGUCUCUCUACAAAAUCCAUCUCUCAGGUUAUGCGAGCUGACGGCCGCCGGGGAAUCGAGAGCCCGAGCUCCUCCGCCGCUCUCGCGUUCCCUCGCUUCCGCUUCUUCCGGUACCGCCGUUUGAGGUGAGAGAGAUAGUCCGUCUUCUUCGACAACCGAACCAGCGAGCGAUUCCGAUUACGGAAUCCCUAGAUUUCUCUCUACAGGUUGUGUUUUGGUUUUUGCGAGUUUCUGUUCUAUAUGUCGUCGACGGGGAAGAUUAACCGGAGAGGACCGGAGCCGACGGAGAAGACUAACAACAAUCGCAAGAACCGGCUGACGGAGCGCGCGGUGUCGUUUCACGGGAAAAUCGCGGAGCAGAUGGCGCCGCCUCAGGCCGAGGCGAGGAUGCAGAAGCCGAAAACCUUGCCGAACUUGCUCGCUGGACGAAACAUGAAUUCGUCGAGCGUGGAGAUCCGGCCGCUCAAGCUGACGAAGCUGCUGCUCAACGUGACGGUCCAAGGGAGCGUCGGGGCGGUACAGAUGCUGGUGUCGCCGGAAUCGACGGUCGGAGAUUUGAUCGCAGCUGUAAUCCGGCAGUACAGCAAGGAAGGACGGCGGCCGGUUAUCGCGACCGAUCCUUCCCGAUUCGGCCUCCAUUACUCGCAGUUUAGCUUAGAAAGUCUGGACAGAGCAGAGAAGCUUCAAGAAUUGGGGUCGAGGAAUUUCUUCAUGUGCCAGAGAAAAGCGGCGGCCGAUUCCGGUAGCGGUGCGCCGCCGUGCUCGUCGUCUUCCUCUUGUUCGAAUGAGGUCGAGAAGGCUGCGAGGAGCGGGUUUCCUUGGCUGAAAUUCAUCGACUUCCGGCAGUAACUCUCUUGGCGGCGCGGCCGGUUAACUGAAUGAUUGAGACGGUGGCAGGUUGUGGAAACGGUGGGCAGGGGAGUUGAACCUGCUGGAAAAUGGUGGAGUCGAAUUAGGGGAUUUGGUUUAGGUAACUAAAAAAUCGCAGUCGGUUGGAAAAUUCUCUCCGUCAUCAACAAAAUUGGUUACUUGUAAUCUAUCAUUUACCAAUUUUUUAGGAUGCCCAUUCAAGGUAUUUUUCAAGUGGAUGGAGAAUUAUAUUGGAGAUAGAGGGUUCGGUUUAGUAGCAUUUCAAGAACAGGUUGGUAUCGUGAUAUGUGAUACGAUAACGAUAUUAAUUUCAAAGUGUACCUAUGUUUGAAUUGAAAAUUUCAUUCAUCUAUGUAUAGAUAAAUGUAAAUUUGGAGUAUCCUACUUUCCCGCAAUUCACAGGGUUCAACAAGCAAUCGAUAUUUCACGAUCAAGGGUGUAGUAUUAUUUGUAGUAGUGGUCCUCUUGUCAUUCUUUUACAUAUAAUCGCAUCGGUAUACUCAAUACUGUCAAUAGACUUGACUUCUUUUGAUUUAGAAACGACAGUGGGUAGGUCUGGGGUGGGUAUCUCGAUACUCAUACUUGUUUCGUGGCAAAUUGGAUAAUUUAUAACGGGACGCGAAUUAGGACAAGUCAACUCAUAUGGGUAUGUCAUUUUAAAGGAAACUAGUAAGAAUAUUCAUUAUUCAUUAUUUUUCAUUAAAAACUCAAGAAACAAACUAUAAUAUGAUAAAUGUAGUUAAAUUAUAGAAAAUGUGAGGUGCUCAACUAUUUAUAAGUUGAUUAUUACUAAAAUGUGAGGUGCUCAUCUAUUUAUAAGUUGAUUAUAACUAAAAUAUGAGGUGCUCAUCUAUUUAUAAGUUCAUUAUAACUAAAAUAUGAGGUAGCUAAGUAACUUGAGUAAAGUUACAUGCAUUUUAGGUUAAAACGGGUAGAGAACGAAGUCGGUCAGUGCAAGUCAGAUCAAUGAGAGUAUCCAUUUGCGUCCUGCCCCGCCUUACUCGUCCAAAAUAAAUCAACAGAUCGAAUAAAACGAGUUAAAUCAAAAUUGUAAUUGCUAAUUUGACGUGGGAUAUAAACGAUUGCCUCGUCACGGAGGGUGAUAGGAUUAGGGAUUAAUUAGGAUAACGCCAACCUCGAUAUUAGGCUAUUGUUGAGGUUACCCGGCUAACUUAUCCACUCCCACUAGGUAGGUAGUUUAUGAUUUUGGUUUACGCAAUAACUUACUCACGACUAAUCAACAUAUCGCCCUCUAAGUAAUUAAAACUAAUACCAAACGUAUAGACAAAGUGUUGACAAGACAAAAACAAUACAAAAGACAAUAGAAGAUUGAUUCAAUUAAUUUUGCUUACCAACUGACAUGCACGUACCUCCACCAACAGGAAUAUCGAUGUUUUACCAAUGUCUUGAGCCGUUACAAGAAAUUCGUUGUUUCCAAUGUAUUGAACCACGAUUUUUCGUUUGUCUAGUCGUUCAAGAUGGAUGGAUGAUAUCACUCAGUUGUUAGUAGAACGUUAAUUAUUGAUUUUAUCACAAUUCAUUCAAAUAAAACUAAUGGAUUUGAAAUUUGCACAAAAUUAUUGUAUAUUAUGCUUAAAUCAAUUGUUACAUAAAGAUGCAAUGCAUGCAUUACCACCAGGGACAUACCCAAGUUAGUGAAAGAGUUAUUAAUCCAAAAUUCAAAUUUGGGACAAAAAAAACUUUAAAGAUGUAGUAUUUAGACACUAUACUAUUUGAUAAUAGUUAAUGAUUUUGGUCUAUUGUUGAAUACCCUAAAUAAAGUUAUCUGGGUCCGUCACUGAUUACCACUUGAUCAAACCAACACCGAUACCAUAAAGAAAACAUAUUAACAAAGAAAAAGGGAUAUUAGAA